UCCUGCACCGUGUUCAUGAGGAGACAGCUGAGGUUCCCUCUGCAGACUCAGUGUCCCUGCAUCCGUGACAUCUGGAGCCCAGUUUUGGGGUUCACCCAGUAACUGGGAUCGUCAUGAAGCAAGUGCAUUCCCCUCUCUGGAGAAUGUCCUGGAGUGACAUCUUCUACCCGGACAACCCGCGGCGGCGGGAGCGGGUGGCGCGGUUGCACCAGGAGCUGGUCAACUGCAUGGAGCUCAAUUUUGAUGCCACUAACGACCUGAUUGGAGCCCUCAACACCCACUGUCAGUGCAAGCUGCACCCCAUCCACAUACAGGAGAAAGGCACCCUCCAGGACAACUGCAACGUGCUCCUGGCAGCCAUAAAGGCCGUGCAGGGUGAGCUGCAGGACAUUGACGAACAGCUGAAGAGAAAACUGGAGCCCCACCUCUACCGAAAGCUCCAUGAUUUCCAGGAGCCAGAAAGCAAGAAGAUGCAGAUUCUGCGCUCUGUGACCACCGUAGUUGCUAGGGAUCUUCGUUAA